AUGAACAUAUUGAAGAGAUUCCUGCUUCAACGCUCAUUUGGCACUUUUCAUCCUAUUCAUAGAGAAUGGAGAAUAAUUGAAUCAAAGAGGAUUGCUAAAAAGCCAGCUUAUAGAAUUGGAGAUCCUAAACCUCUUUAUAUACCAAAGAAGGUGGCAGAGUUCCCAGAUUAUAAAUAUGGUGAGCCUAGUGUUUUCAAGCAAAGUAAGAAAGGUCUCUAUGGAGGUUCUUUCAUUCAGUUUGGCCACAGUAUAUCAGAGAGUAAGAAUAAAGUAAAGAGGCGCUGGCUCCCGAAUAUUGUCAGGAAAGAGUUGUGGAGUGAAGCAUUAAAUAGGAGGAUAAGGAUUAAGCUAACGGCAAAGGUAUUGAGGACAAUAAGUAAAGAAGGUGGGAUUGAUAAUUAUUUGAUUAAGGACAAAUCUGCUAGAAUAAAGGAAUUAGGCCCUACAGGGUGGAAGCUUCGCUACAGAGUUAUGCAAAAAUUGGAGCAGAACAAAGGACAUUUACGUCAGGGCAAUCAUAAUAAAGAAAUGAGAGACGAAGUACUACGUAAAUUUUGA